AUGGAACUUUCGAUAUCUCCAUUCUCGAAAUGCACAACAACGUCCCAAGUCCACCAAUGCGACACCCAUGUUGGUGGUGAAGACUUCGACAUUCUCCUCGUUGACCACAUCCUCAAGGAAUUUAAAUCUGAGCACGGUAUCGAUCUCACUGGCGAUCAGAUGGCCAUCCAGCGUAUCCGUGAAGCGGCAGAGAAGGCCAAGAUUGCAACCGCUCAAAUGUUUAUCACCGCUGACGCAGCUGGUCCCAAGCAUAUCAACACGAAACUGCUCCGUUCGCAGUUUGAGGCCCUUACUUCUUCCCUCAUCCAACGCACUGUCGCUCACCGCAAGAAGGCCAUGUCCGAUGCUGGCGUGAAGCCCAGCGAUGUCCACGAGGUUAUCCUUGUCGGUGGUAUGACCUGUACGCCCCAUGUCACGGAGACUGUCAAGAGCGUUUUCGGUCGCGAGCCUAGCAAGGGUGUUAGCCCUGACGAGGCUGUUGCUAUUGGCGCUAGUAUCUAA